AUGGACGAAGAAUCGCCCAACCAGGAGCUCCCUGUGUCUGAGGAGACAACCAGUCAGACCGAUGACAACAACAACCAGACAGGGCCUGGGUCAGAGGAACCUGAAGCACCAAAAGCAGAGGCUUCAGUGGAGGAGAAGGAGGAAGGUCAGGAAACGAAGGGAGAGGAGACGGCCAGUGGGGAUAAAGAACCAGAGCAAAGAGAAGAGGAUGCCAGUGCCAAAGAUACCAAGCCGGAGAAGACACCAAAGGAUGGCAAAGGCGAUGCUGAGGAGGCUGGAAAAAAUAAGGACAAAGCAUCCACUGAUGCUGACAUGAGAGACGCUGAAACGUUGGAUAGCGAAAAAGAGGAGGAGAAGAGGAAGGGAGAUGAGAAGGAGAAAGCUGCAAAGGGGGCAGAUAACAAAGAUAAUAAGAAAAAACAAAGCAAAGAAGCAGCCGGAGAGGGGAAGGACAAAGGGAAGAGCAAGGAGGUAGAAAAGCAAGGGAAGACCAAAAGAAAAAGUGGCCCAAAUCCCUCUUCCUCAACACCUCUUGCUAUGUCCCGUCCAAAGAUGUCUGCGCGCUCUAUCAGAGCAUCCACUAAAAACGACAUUAUUGCCAAGUUCCAACAAGGAGCUCCUGAGACACCGAUACCCCGCAACUUCAAAGUUCAGAAGUCGUCCAUGGCUAUGGCUACUGGAGCAUCGAUCAAGCAGAAGAUGCUUCAGUGGUGCCGUAACAAGACUCGCAACUAUGAGGGUGUCAACAUAGAGAACUUCUCAUCAUCUUGGUGCGAUGGAUUGGCCUUCUGUGCCCUGAUCCAUCGUUUCUUCCCCGAUGCCUUCGACUACUCCUCCCUGAGUCCAGAGGAGAGGGAGAAGAACUUCACCCUGGCCUUCAAAUCUGCAGAGUCCCUGGCUGACUGCUGCCCCCUUCUGGAGGUGUCUGAUAUGAUCAUGAUGGGUAACCACCCGGAUCCCAUGUGUGUGUUCACCUACGUCCAGUCCCUCUGUCAGAGCCUUUCCAAAAUAGAGAAAGAGAGGAAGGAUAAAGAAAAGGAGGAGAAAGAAAAAGCUGCAAAGGAGGGAGGAGAGGAUGGAGACAAAGCGGCAGAGGAGCGACAGAUGGAGAAGGACGAGGGAGAGGCUGUUUGA